AUGAAUUUAUACUACCUAAUUCUGGCCUUUUCGAUUGUGGAAGCUUAUUCCUUUGUAGGUUUUUCUGUUUUCAUAUCUAUCUAUCUAUCUAUCUAUCUAUCUAUCUAUCUCAUCUGUUUCUAUCUAUCCAUCUAUCUCAACUGUCGGCUCUUUUCUCUCUCUCUCUCUCUCUCUCUCUCUCUCUCUCUCUCUCUCUCCCAGUCUGUUCUUAUCUAUCUAUCUAUCUAUCUAUCUAUCUAUCUAUUUCAGUCUUUCAACUCUGCCUCUCUAUCUUUCUAUUGUCAUUUAAAUUUCUGGCCAUAUACUUGGAUUCUUUUAAGAGUUUCAAACAAAAGUGAAGAAGAUUUCAGAGAGUUCUUCAUGGAAGAUAAUCCCAAGACAACAUUUGAGAAAAAAGAUGAAGCAUUUACGGUUUCAAGUUUGGAUCAUGGAAACAAUUCUUCAUCAAAGGAAACACCAAAGAACUGUUUACCUGUUGAUAAAGUGAUCAUCAUUUUGGUGGCUUUUUUGAUUGUUUUGAUGAUGAUUUUCGCAAUGGUAUCUUACAACUGUUACAGACAUGAAUUUGUGAUCAAAACUCUUUUGCCCGGAUAUUUUAUCACUGUCUGUCUGUCUGUCUCUGUUUGUGUAUCUCUCUCUCUCUCUCUCUCUCUCUCUCUCUCUCUCUACCAACUGACAAAACCAAAAGCUGAAGAUUUGACUCUCUUUUUUCUCCCUCUUCCAUUUAUCUUUUCUCUGUCUCUCUCCUCUCUUUCUUUCGUCUUUCUAUCUCUUUUUCUUUCUAUCUUUCUCCCUUUUCCACUCAUUUCAUCGACCGAUACGCCAUCACACAGUCAAUCGAAGGCGACGAUUUUAAUUCUCACAUGUUCACAAUUUUCAGUAACGCAAUAUACAGAUCAUUUUUUUAAUUUUCUUCUUUUAUUUUCUCUUUCGGUCAUUUUUUUUUAUUUACUCUUUCACUUAUUUUCUUCGUUUAUUUUCUUUUUCAUCCAUUUUCUUUUCUUCUUUUCUCGUUCACUUAUUUUCUUCUCUUAUUUUCUUUUUCAUCCAUUUUCUUUUCUUCUUUUCUCGUUCACUUAUUUUCUUCUCUUAUUUUCUUUUUCAUCCAUUUUCUUUUCUUCUUUUCUCUUUUUCUCUUAUUUUUCUUUUAAUUAUUUUCUUUUCUCCUAUUCACUCAUUUUCUUCACUUGUUUUCUCAUUCAUUUUUCUUCUCCUUUUUCUCUUUUAGUGAUUCUCUUAUUUUCUCAUUCACUUGCUUUCUUCACUUAUUUUCUCUUUCACUCAUUUUCUUCGCUUAAUUUCUCAUUCACGCAUUUUCUUCACUUAUUUUCUCUUUCACUCAUUUUCACCUCUUAUUUUGUCUCUCAUUCAUUUUCUUCUCUUAUUUUCUCAUUCACUCAUUUUCUUCUCUGA